CAUGUGGCCUCUUCAAAGGCGUAAUGGCGGAUGCACUCGAAUUAUAGGAAGCUGUAAAGAACACGGGAUUUGGCCUAUUAUCUAUUUAUAUUAAGUUUGAUUAAUUGUUCAAGAUGGCAGACGAAGCAGAAAGUAUCCAGAAGAACAUGCAACCGCACCUCGCCAAACAGGAUUUGUCUACUCUUGAUGUCUCAAGACUUCACCCAUUGUCUCCUGAGGUUAUUAGCAGACAAGCCACUAUAAAUAUUGGUACAAUUGGACAUGUGGCUCAUGGAAAGUCAACAGUUGUUAAAGCAAUCUCAGGAGUACAGACUGUCAGGUUUAAGAAUGAAUUAGUAAGAAACAUUACAAUCAAAUUGGGUUAUGCAAAUGCCAAGAUUUACAAAUGUGAUUCACAAUCCUGUCCAAAGCCUGUUUGUUAUCGCUCUUGUGGAAGCAGCAAGGAGGAUGUUUUUCCAUGUGACAGAAUCGGUUGUAAUGGAAAGUUCAGACUAAUGAGGCAUAUCUCAUUUGUUGACUGUCCUGGGCAUGAUAUUCUUAUGGCUACCAUGUUGAACGGAGCAGCUGUUAUGGAUGCAGCUUUGUUACUUGUUGCUGGAAAUGAAUCUUGUCCACAGCCGCAGACAUCAGAGCACUUAGCUGCUAUUGAAAUAAUGAAACUGGAGCACAUUCUAAUAUUGCAAAAUAAAGUCGAUUUAGUGAAAGAAAGUCAAGCUAGAGAGCAAUCUGAGCAAAUAGCAAGAUUUGUUGAAGGAACAAUAGCGGAGAAAGCCCCAGUUAUUCCAAUAUCUGCUCAGCUGAAAUACAACAUUGAGGUCAUUUGCGAAUACAUCUGCAAGAAAGUUCCGAUUCCAAUCAGAGACUUUACAUCAGAGCCAAGACUUAUAGUUAUCAGGUCAUUUGAUGUGAAUAAGCCUGGUUGUGAAGUAGAUGACCUAAAAGGUGGUGUUGCUGGGGGAAGUAUUCUAAGAGGAGUACUAAAGGUAGGACAAGAAAUUGAAAUUCGACCAGGAAUUGUUUCCAAGGAUGGUGAUGGAAAGCUGAAAUGUCAGCCUAUAUUUUCAAAAAUUGUGUCACUAUUUGCAGAACACAAUGAUCUGCAAUUUGCUGCCCCUGGAGGAUUAAUUGGUGUUGGUACAAAAAUUGACCCAACUCUGUGUAGAGGUGACCGUAUGGUUGGUCAGGUCCUUGGUGCUGUUGGUGCUUUGCCUGAAAUCUAUACCGAGUUUGAAAUUAAUUAUCAUUUACUGAGACGACUGCUGGGUGUAAAAACUGAAGGAGAUAAGAAAGGUGCAAAGAUUCAAAAACUUGCAAAGAAUGAGGUUCUCAUGGUGAACAUAGGCUCAUUAUCAACAGGAGGCAGAGUUAUUGCUGUGAAGAAAGAUUUGGCAAGGAUUGUAUUGACUCAGCCUGUAUGCACAGAGAUUGGAGAGAAGAUAGCUCUUAGUAGGAGAGUUGAAAGUCAUUGGAGGCUUAUUGGAUGGGGUCAGAUUCGCAAAGGAGUUACCAUAAAUGCAGGAUCUGCAUAAUCAGGGCUUAUUCAGAGCUGGUAUGGAUGUUGGUGGUAUGAUCAAACUGAAAAUCAUUAAAUGCACAAAACUAAAUAAAAAAGUUAGAAAAACCUGAUGUAACAUCAUUUAAAGUAUGAACCCUAACAAUGCUUAUUGAAAGAAGUAUAUUCUUUCUAUAUAUACUUUUGUAUCAAACUCUUCAAAAAUGAUAAAACAUUAUCAUUUCAAAUACAUAGCAAUUGAAGCUUUUGAGGUAUGGAGUAUUUAAGCAAGAGGAUUUUGUGCGUUCUGA